AUGGAUGAUGAUAAACACUGUUACGAUGAUGACCGACUUUACUCUUCUGGCCGAGACAGUGAUGACAGCCCAAUACUGUCUAACAGGUAUGAGCGGUAUCGCCGCUACACGCCAUAUGCAGCCCCCAAAAUGGAAGAGCGAGAGAAGAGAUCGACGCUCACGGUCUUAGCGAAGUUCUUUCUGUUUUGCACAGCCAUGAUACUGUUCUGUGUGCUAAUGUAUAUACCUGUUUAUAAUAAGGCCAGUGACCAGUUAACUAAAGAGAUAGUCGCAGGUUGGUCAAAACACACGAACCGCGACACAAAAAUCUACGUACAACCGAACAACGUAACUAUUAUACAAGAACCAAAAGAUGUUUGCCAUAAAAACACAAAAAACAAAUUAUUUUUACUUAUAGUUGUUUGCUCUUCAACUACAAACUUUGACAGCCGGUCAGCCAUACGAGAGACGUGGGGUAGUUAUAAAAAAUAUUUACAAAUGUCAAAAUUAUACCACGCUGUCAAACAGAAAUAUAAAAAUUAUAAUUUCAGUUACGAUUUGUAUUCAGAAUCAGGUGAUUUAGAUAACUUGAAUGAUACUAGUGUUAGAAAUAAAAGAGACAUAUCCAGUUUUAGGCAGUUAUUACCCGAACUAGCUAAGGCUUUGCAAAAUAACUUGGUUAAGGAUAAGACUGAAAAUGUACCUGAAAAAAGAUUUGAGGAUGACGAUAAUUCAAUGUUGCCAGAAUUCGAUAUGAAUCAAGAACUAGGGGAUCACACCGAAAUACCCAACUAUGAUUAUUAUGAUAGUAAUGUUAUGAAAAUACCACCUAACGGUUAUGAAGACAAUAUAGAUCUAGAAAGAGUGUUAAAUUUACUUAGACGGGAUAACACUUUAAAAGAGAAUCUACCAAAAGUGAAGGAAGAUUUGGAGGAUGGUAGCACUGAACCAGACUAUAAGGUAGUUUUUCUGUUAGGGUUGCCAAGUAACAAUAAUGAUUCUACCAUCCAGAAUAAAAUUUUGGAAGAGUCUGAAAAGUAUGGUGAUAUUAUUCAAGAAGGCUUUAUUGAUUCUUACAAUAAUUUAACUCUGAAGUCUAUAAUGAUGCUGAAAUGGAUCACGAAUAACUGUAAUGAUAGUGUUCGUUACAUUCUGAAAACGGACGACGAUAUGUAUAUCAAUGUGCCAAAUCUUAUAGAAAACCUGAGAAAUAGAUCAAAGGAGUUCGAUAAGAGAACGAAGGGGAAGAAGGAGAAAGAGUACCUGUUGAUUGGUGAUCUCAUUUGUGGAGCUAGACCUGUGCUGGAUUCUACCAAUAAAUGGUAUAGCCCCCGUUACAUGUACGGGGGUCGAGUGUACCCCAAGUACUUGUCGGGAACUGGCUACGCUCUGUCGGCGCACACCGCCCGCGCCCUCUACGAGGCGGCGUUAAAAACUAAUUAUUUCCAUUUAGAAGAUAUAUUUAUUACUGGUAUGUGCGCAAGUCGCGCCCGCCCCCGCAUGGUCCCGCGCGACGACGCCACGUUCUCGUACCAAGCGGCGGGAGGAGCCGCGCGGGCGGCGUGCGGCGCGCAUGCGCGGGCCACCGCCCACCGCGUGCCGCCCGACUCCAUGCGCCACCUUCACAGAAUGCUCAGCAAGAAGCAUGUCUUAGACACAUGCGAAAGAAUGCGACUAACCAAGGUAAGGAGGGACCGACUAAAGCCAAAAACUACGCCUAAACGCCUAACCAGACAUUAG